AUGAAUAAAUACACAAUCGAACAACGCGUGCAAAUUAUUAAAAUUUAUUAUCAAAAUAAUGAAUCUGUGCGAGAAACGUUUCGUGCACUUCGUGAAUUUUAUGGUCGAAAUAAUCGUCCUGUAGAAAGCACAAUUCGUCGUCUAGUGAAUAAAUUUGAAUCAAGUGGUACUGUUACUGAUACGAAAGUGCCAGUAAGACAAAGAAAUGCACGUAGUGAAGCCAAUAUUGCUGCUGUUAAUGAAAGUGUUCGUGAGAAUCCAAAUUUGUCAAUUCCUCGUCGAUCUCAGGAAUUAGGCAUUUCUCAAACAUCAACAUGGCGUAUUUUGCGUAAAGAUUUGGGUUUACAUCCAUAUAAGAUUCAGUUGACUCAAGAACUAAAGCCAAAUGACCAUUCAUUGCGUCGCAGAUUCGCUGAUUGGGCUUUAGAGCAGCUUGAAGUUGAUGCAAAUUUUGGCAAAAAAAUCAUCUUCAGUGACGAAGCACAUUUCUGGUUGAAUGGCUUUGUUAACAAGCAAAAUUGCAGAAUUUGGGGUGAAAGCAAUCCACAACAAAUUCAACAAUUGCCAAUACAUCCAGAAAAAUUGACUGUUUGGUGUGGUUUAUGGUCUGGUGGCAUCAUUGGUCCAUUUUUCUUCAAAAAUGAUGCAAGAGCCACAGUUACUGUCAAUGGAAUUCGUUACACAGCAAUGAUCAAUCAAUUUUUGUUUCCAAAAAUUGAUGAUAUUGAUGCAGACGACAUUUGGUUUCAACAAGACGAUGCCACAUGCCAUACGGCUAAUGCAACAAUCAAUUUAUUGAAGGAGAAGUUUGGUGAAUCGAUUAUUUCGAGAAAAGGGCCAGUCAAUUGGCCAAAAAAUUUAGAAUAA